AGGUAGGAUUGUUAUAUCAAUGUGGUUCCUGAGAUGACUACGCAUUGUGAUAUGAGUAAUUUGCACCGAAAAUGUGUAUCUGGAACGCACCCAGAAUCUACGCAUUCUACGUUUCUCGACUGUUUACUAGCCAUCGGACUACGAUUUGGAAACAUUGCCUAAAACGCCAAUACGGUGGUAUUUUAUUCACAAAAUGACAAAAUUGAAGCUGCUAAAUGUGUUUUUAAGUGAGAGAUUAGCUGCAGCUGCUAAAGAAAUAUUUAUAGAGGUGGAAAAUAUUUUAAUCGAAUACCAGGAAGAAAUCACUCGUUCAAAGGCAGAGAAUGACCGUCUUCGCGGGCUACUGGACGUCGCUUUCCAGUUAACGCCAGCACAACAGCCCAUUCAGCUUAUAGCCUCUGAUGAGGAGGUUUCCCCUAAGCAUCAGCAGCACUGUGAACAAGAGUGGAGCCCCAGUCUGGGCCAGGAGGACCCAGAGCCAACACAGUUUAAAGAGGAACAGGAGCUCAGGACCAGUCAGUUGGAAGAUCAGUUUCAAGGGCUGGAAUCGGAUACAGAAUCCAUAUUCACUCCUUCCUGUGUGAAAAGUGACUAUAAUCAGGAUUCGCCUCAGCCCUUAAAUCUUUACCAAAUUCAAACUGUGGAGGUUGGAGAGGGAAACUCUCCGGCUCUCCCCGCCAACAAAACUGAAGCAAUCAAACCAGAACCCGAAGGACAGGGCUUUGAAAUAUCCGAUCCAAGCAAUCCACAAUCCUUCUAUGCCAUGAAUCUAGACAAUGCUGAAGCUCAGAGUGAAAAUGGUAUAUAUUUCAAUGAGAUAGACAGUGAUGGACUUCCCUCUGAGUUUGAGGUACCACAGCCAAAUCAACCAAGGAGUGCCAGGAGAGGGCAAAAAAUAUGCACAGCGAAGACUGUGAAAAAGAACCCUGAUGAGAAGCCGUACCAGUGCAACGUCUGUGGGAAAAGUUUUCAUCAUAUGUCCAAACUUAGAACACAUUUAAGGGUACACACAGGAGAGAGGCCAUUCAGCUGUCCAGAGUGUGGGAAAUGUUUCAGUCAGUCUGGCGAAGUCAACAGACACCUUAAAACACACAAUCGGCACAAGGCCUAUUUAUCCGGCCUAUGAGGGAGAUGCACCCUCUCUCGUGUCGAACUAUGAAUAAAAAAUAAUAAAGAUUGCUGUUUUUUGUUUGAAAACAAGUGUUCUUGCUAUUUAUUUAUAGGGGUGGGAGAUAUUAUGCCUACCAUUACACUCAGUUCAGCAGGACAGCAUUUGUUUGUUUGUCCUGUGGCAGUUGAAAUAGCAUUAGCCAAAAUUGACCACAAUUGUUAUACAGUCUUGUUUACCAAUGUACACAUGAAAUCCAUUCAGAAACAUAUUUGGACUGACUCACUCUUGGCACUCAUUGGACCCUAAAUGUAGGCCUAAUCUCUGUUCAUGUUGUGGUAUGAAUAGUGUUGCUUAAAACAGAAAACGUGACUAUUGUACAUGAAUGUCUUUAUUGCAUAUUUUGUGGUGUUUGAACAUGUCUGUUUUCCAUUGGGGUGUUUCAUAGCCAUUAGUAUUGCUUGACUUGGACUUGCUACGUCAAUCUGAAGGCCCUUCAGAUCUUGGACCCUGGAGAUCACAGGAUAGCCAACUGUAUUUUAAAACAUCAGGGAGAUUAUCACAGAGACCCUAUAAAAUCUAUAUAAAAUCUAUGGAUUCUAAAGGAAUGCUAAUCUUAUCAAACUGUUUAUCGCUCAAUCACACAGACCAUGUGUUAUGUUGUUCUUGCAUUGGUUUACACAUGGACAUGAACUGUAUUUACAUUACUUUAGCAAAUUCAGGUGGUAGCCUCGACCGGGACUCGAACCCGAUUCAAGCCAACACAUUAACCGUUAAGCCAAGUGGGCCAAACCUCUUGAAUAGGGUUGAUAGGUGUUGGGUUAAGGUCACUGCACUAACCCCUUCCUUCGGGAGAGCAUGUCCUCACACUUCUAUGUACCGAGUCCCUCACGUGGAUACGCCUCUCCGAUGGCCCCACAGGCUUCCAUCCUACAUCUGACACCAAUGUAGCAAAUUUGGGGGUAUCCCUGACCAGGACUUGGUCCAGCCCGGGUCCAGUGACUAAAACCAACACCUUAAACAUUAAAGGGAUACUUCAAGUUUUUGGCAAUGAUGCCCUUUAUCUACUUCCCCAGAUGAACUCGUGGAUACCAUUUUCAUGUCUCAGUAGCUAGGUUUCCAUCCAAUUUGCAACAGAUUUUCAUGCGAAUAUAAAAAAAAAAAAAUCUGCAUAAAAACAAUCUGCAUAUUUUCCCAGCAGAGAUGUGUUUCCAUCAAAUUGACUCGUUGCAGAUAAAAGGCUGUGCAUGAUGACGAAGUGCCCAUCAAAAAACCUAUUGCGGUUAAAUA